GCUUCAAGCACAUUUUCCCACUUUUGUCUGGGUUGAGUCAUCCCUUUUGCUUAUCUCUUUGGUCAUCAUCAUCAUCGCAGUUUUGGUUCAAUAAUCUUGGCCAUUGUCACACUUCCGGUUCAAGCAUACUGGUCUGAUCAGCCCGGCCGAUUGGAUGAACAUCUCCAGCUUCUCCUCUUGUCGGUUAGAAAAGUUGCUCUACUCGUGGUACCGAGUCCCUUGAUCUUGUCUAAUCUGACUUCCAAGUCUUUAGCUGAUUCAUCUGACCAAAGCCGUCAGUCAACAGCCAUCAAGACAAUCUACUUGAACGAAAGUCUCUCACCACCAUAACAACAACAGCAACCCAAGAUCAAACUGAAAAGGCACUCACCAUGUCCUAUUCACAACUCAUCGGUUCAAGAUCAGAACUGGUCCCCCCCGUCCCACCCUCCGGCAUCUGGGCCUCCCCCAUAACCCUCUUCAACCUCCGCGACAUCAUCGACUUCCAGUCCCAAAUCUCUUAUUUCCAAUACCUCUCCUCACCCAAAAUCGGUCUCGCGGGCUUUUUCGUCUUCGGCACCGAAUCCGAAGCCUCCCUACUCACCCGCAAAGAACGCUGCGACCUCCUCCGCUGCGCGCGCGACUCGGUUCCUUCCGGAUUUCCCAUCAUGGCAGGCGUUUCGGCCCCCAGCGUGAGACAGGUGCGUGAGCACAUCAUCGAUGCGAUUGCAUUCGGGGCUAAUUACGUGGUUGUUUCACCACCUGUUGGAUCUGAACCGAACAAAAAGGGAACCAAGCAAGAAAAUGAAACGGUGGACGCGUUUUUCGACGAUAUCGUCCACUACUCCGAGUUACGGAUCCUCAUCUCUGACGAAGACGGCGGGAUCGACCUCACCAGCGAACUUAUAAUCCGUCAAGCCUUGCGCCACAAAGGCAAGAUCGUCGGCGCCCACUUGCGGUCCGGCAAUAACGUGGUCGGCAAAAUCACCCGACUAGCCAGGGAAUUCCCCCCCUCUCAAAAAGAAUUUGCCAUCUUUGCGGGGCAAAGCGAUUACUUGGUCGGCGGGCUGGCAGCCGGGUCAAGCGGGUGCAUCACGGCGUUUGCGAAUGUGCUGCCGUGGGCGUUGGUGUGGCAGUAUCAUGAGUAUGUGAAUGGGGAGAAGAAUAAUGAUAAGGUGAAGAAGGCGGAUGCGCUGCGCGUCAGUGGGAUGUUGGCUAAAGUGGAGACACAGCUGUUAGAGAGUGGUGGGGGGAUUGCCGCGAUCAAGUUUGCUGCGAGCUUGUAUACGGGUUGGAGGGCCGGGGUGGUGAAGGGGACGAGGACGACGCGGAGGUAUCCAAUGGCGACGGCGGGGCAUAAGGGGAUGGAACUCUUCUUGCCGAGGAAGCCACAAGCGGAUAUUAGUAUGGAGAUGAAAGACGAGAUUUGGACGGCGGUAAAUUGGGCGUUGGACUUGGAGAGGGAUCCGCUUGCGGAUUAUGAUCUGUUGGAGAAAGAAAAGGCGGAGGGGUCAAGGAACUGAUGGCGUAAGAAUGGGUUAGAGACAGAUGGAUGUGUAAGAGACGGCGAGAGGGUUGUAUUGCCGUGGAUAACAUUUGUUUUCGUUUUUGUUCAGCGGACAUCACAGAAAUAAGCUUUGGCAGAUUGAUGUAGCCAACGGUUGAUGACAUACGUAUAAGCAAAUAACUUUUUU